UUCCCUCGCUUCUUCGCUUCUUGCUGAUCCAGCCAUUAAUGCCACACCUGCUACAAUCCACUCACUACCUCCCUUCCCUUUUUACUCCCAUCCCUCCCUCGCUCUCGCUCUAUGUCUCUUCCGCACGCAAUCGCUGGACGCUGGGAGAGAAGUUCAUCUGCACCUGCUGCUGAUGCGCAUUAGGGGAUCUGUGUUGAUAAUAUACAGCUGAAUCUCACGAGCUUGCUCGAGUUGACUGUUUGAGGCUGACAGCACCAUGGGUUCCGGUGAUUUGAGUUCAGAGAUGAAGAGGACGGUUCUUGGCCUGACGCUGUGGGUCUGGAUUGCAAUCGGCGUGGUCGCCCUUGUCGUGUCUAUCCUGCUGAUGAUAUGCAUUUGGGUGGCAUCCCGUCGGAGGACAAAGAGAACCAUGGACAAUCUGAGGCAGACACAGAUCCCCAUCUACUCCAAGGAGAUCCCCGUCGAUCGGGUUGGCGGGCGCAGCCUUGCGCAGACAAUGCAUGAGCGCGAGCAGCCCAGCUUCCCGCCGCAGGACAAGUACGCGAACUGGGAGCCGGCAGGGACGACGCUGGGGCACCUGGCACUGAGCAAGUCCUCGGAUCACGAUAACAUGAGCCAGGGGAGCUCGGUCUGCAAUGUCGACCGUGCUGGCAGCGUGCACUCCGAAGAAGAUGGGAGCUCAGGGCCUCGGAGGAAACCAAAUUCUCCUGCGGCAUUCGUGUCAGCGUCGCCCCUGGUUGGCCUUCCAGAGUUCUCUCAUCUUGGUUGGGGUCACUGGUUUACUCUGCGCGAUCUGGAGCUUGCUACUAACCGUUUCUCUAAGGAGAAUGUGCUUGGAGAGGGUGGCUAUGGAGUUGUGUACCGUGGGCGUCUAGUGAAUGGGACUGAAGUUGCAAUCAAGAAAAUCUUUAACAACAUGGGGCAGGCAGAGAAGGAAUUCAGAGUGGAGGUUGAGGCUAUUGGCCAUGUCCGACAUAAGAAUCUUGUUCGGUUGUUGGGAUACUGUGUUGAGGGGUUAAACAGGAUGCUGGUGUAUGAGUUUGUGAACAAUGGUAACUUAGAGCAGUGGCUUCAUGGAGCUAUGCGCCAGCGUUGUGUUUUUAGCUGGGAAAAUCGCAUGAAGGUUGUAAUAGGCACUGCAAGAGCUCUUGCUUACCUUCAUGAAGCUAUAGAACCAAAAGUUGUACACCGAGACAUAAAAUCAAGCAACAUAUUGAUUGAUGAUGAAUUUAAUGGCAAGGUCUCUGACUUCGGAUUGGCUAAGAUGUUGGGAUCAGAUAAAAGUCACAUUACUACUAGAGUGAUGGGAACAUUUGGAUAUGUUGCACCUGAAUAUGCUAAUACUGGGAUGUUAAAUGAAAAGAGCGAUGUUUAUAGUUUCGGUGUUCUCUUAUUGGAGACUGUGACAGGAAGAGAUCCUGUUGACUGCAGCCGAUCUGCUAAAGAGGUCAAUCUUGUUGAGUGGCUCAAAGUGAUGGUAGCCGGUAGGAGAGCAGAGGAAGUGGCUGAUCCAAGCUUAGAGGUUAGACCAAGUAUCAGGGCUCUCAAGCGGGCUCUUUUGGUGGCACUGAGGUGUGUUGAUCCUGACUCUGAAAAGAGACCUAAGAUGGGUCAGGUUGUUAGGAUGCUUGAGUCUGAAGAGGUUCCAUUCCGGGAGGACCGGAGAAAUCGGAGGAGUCGCACGGGAAGCAUGGAUGUCGAGUCUAUUACAGAGGGUUCGAAUUCCACCGAGUUUGGGAAGAAGGCAGAAAGGACCAGCAGCUCGACAUCGGACCGAUCUCAACCCUGAGGCCUACAGAUCUAUGUCAUAUGAUGAGCAGUCUGAGAAAUGAUGUUAAUCACCAAGGUGAUCGCUGCCUUGAUAGGAGAUGUUGGUAGGUAAUGGAGGCAAGGCAAGCCCGGAUGUUGGUACCUAAAUUUUAGGACUAGUACCAGGUCGAGUAGAAGCAUUCUUGGAUGAAGAAUCUCCUGUUCUCCUGUUGUUUGUAUAGGUUAUAUGUUGGUGCCUGGGAAUUCCUUGGGUUGGGUGUUUGACAAUUGGUCGAUUCUUUUGGUUCUUGCAUUGCUACCCUCUUAAAUCU